UCCUCCCUCUGCCUCAGCAAAAGAAUCUGUAUAACAGGUUCAUGUUCAAUUGCUUGGCUCUUCAGUACUUAUUCUGAAGACUUUAUAAGAUUUUAAAAAUUUGACCUCUGAACACAGUGGGCUUUGUGGUUGGAGUGCAUUUAUAUUUACUGAAGGGUGCACAUUUUAAAAUCUUGGAAUAAGAUUUUUGUUUGUACAAAGACCCUGAUUCUGAAGUGUGCUUAGAAAUUGCACAGAUCUUCCCUGCUCUGGCUUUUUACUUUUCCAGGGCAUUCUACUUAGAGCCUGUAGACUAAUCACCUCCUUACUCCCCCUAUCUUUAUACCCCACCCCCUCAAGGAAUUUAAAAACGUGUUAGGAAUAGUCCUUUGUUUUACUUAUGAACCUAGAAAAUUACAGAUUAUAAAAUCGGGAUAAUAAAGUAGUUUCCAAAAGCAUCUCAUGGGAAAUCAAAGUGCUUGGCAUUCUCAAGCAGGAGAAUACAAGCUGGAAUCCCUCAGAGAGAAAGAAAAAUAAAAAUAGAAAUACAGUUUUUAACUGGGGAAAAUAAUUGGAAAGCUAACCUUUUCAAAUAGUUUUCUCAUUUGAAAGUUGAAAAGGUUGUGAAGUUCAGGAUUAUCCUGUAUAUGAGAAGACAUACAAAUUACUACCUAUUUUACAGGCAAAUUUGGUAGAACAUUUAAAAGUUAUAGUAUAUUUUAAGUUCAUGAACAAAAUUCUAAAUUUAACGGGCCUAGAACUUUGGCCACGUCGAAAUACAGUUCAGUGUACAAGCUUUUAUGAAUACAUGUUGUAGCAUCUUUGGAUAUUUCUCCAGGUGAGACCUGAAAUGUUCUCUCUCCUUCCCUGUUUAAAAUAAAAAUUCUCUGUGAUCUUUAGCCUUUUACCACUGACAAAUUAUGCUGCUUAAAAAGGGCCGUGUCUUCAUUUUUUACGCUGGAGUUUUUUACGCUCACCUUUAAUGCAUGGCCUUCGUUGUUCACUUUGCCUUGUUUUUUUCAUUAACGUUGGGUUUAGUGGCUCUACAACUUUGAUGCAUAUGGAAGACCAGCAGCAAGAGAUCUGACAUUAAAAAAAAAAAAAAUUCAGGAUGUGACAUUCAAUCUCAAGCAAAGUUGGAAAUUCCACAGAGAAGUGGUGAUAUCUUACUAAUAAUAGUGAAGAUGGGAGAAAAUGACAUACCUGCAGCAGAAGUGGGCUGAAAACACCCUAUUCGCGCCAGAUCAGAAAUGCCACCUGUUCUUGGGAAUAUACUUUAGAAAAAGGAAGGGCCAAAACUAUGACUUGGGUUUCUGAAACCAAAGCAUAAAUUCUCUCGUCCUUCAAUUGUCUGGAUCUGAGAACCUGCGUUUGGAAUUAGCUAGUGGAAGCAGUAUGUAUGGCCGAAGUGCAUUGCUGCAGCUGGUAGCAUGAGUGGUGGCCACCAGCUGCAGCUGGCUGCCCUCUGGCCCUGGCUGCUGAUGGCUACCCUGCAGGCAGGCUUCGGACACACAGGACUGGUACUGGCAGCAGCGGUGGAGUCUGAAAGAUCAGCAGAGCAGAAAGCUAUUAUCAGAGUGAUCCCCUUGAAAAUGGACCCCACAGGAAAACUGAAUCUCACCUUGGAAGGUGUGUUUGCUGGUGUUGCUGAAAUAACUCCAGCAGAAGGAAAAUUAAUGCAGUCCCACCCCCUGUACCUGUGCAACGCCAGUGAUGAUGACAAUCUGGAGCCUGGAUUCAUCAGCAUCGUCAAGCUGGAGAGUCCCCAACGGGCCCCCCGCCCCUGCCUGUCACUGGCCAGCAAGGCCCGAAUGGCGGGUGAGCGAGGAGCCAGCGCAGUCCUCUUUGACAUCACCGAGGACCGAGCUGCUGCGGAGCAGCUGCAGCAGCCACUGGGGCUGACUUGGCCAGUGGUGUUGAUCUGGGGUAACGAUGCUGAGAAGCUGAUGGAGUUUGUGUACAAGAACCGAAAGGCCCAUGUGAGGAUUGAGCUGAAGGAGCCCCCGACCUGGCCAGAUUAUGAUGUGUGGAUCCUCCUGACGGUGGUGGGCACCAUCUUUGUGGUCAUCCUGGCUUCAGUGCUGCGUAUCCGGUGCCGCCCACGCCACAGCAGGCCGGAUUCCCUUCAGCAGCGAACAGCCUGGGCCAUCAGCCAGCUGGCCACCAGGAGGUACCAGGCCAGCUGUAGGAGGGCCCGGGCUGAGUGGCCAGACUCAGAGAGCAGCUGCAGCUCAGCCCCUGUGUGUGCCAUCUGCCUGGAGGAGUUCUCUGAGGGCCAGGAGCUACGAGUCAUUACCUGCCUCCACGAAUUCCACCGGGCCUGUGUGGACCCCUGGCUCUAUCAGCAUCGGACUUGUCCCCUCUGCAUGUUCAACAUCGUAGGGGGAGAUUCAUUUUCCCAGUCCCUGGCACCUUCUCGGUCUUACCAGGAACCAGGCCGGAGACUCCACCUUAUUCGUCAGCAUCCUGGUCAUGCCCACUACCACCUCCCUGCUUCCUACCUGCUGGGCCCUUCCCGGACGGCGGCGGCUCGGCCCUCACGACCUAGUCCCUUCCAACCCGCCCAGGAGCCAGGCGUGGGUCCCCGGCACCACCGCCUCCCCAGAGCUCCGCAUCCCCUGGCUCCAGGCGAGCAGCAGCAUCGGACAGUGGCCCAGCACCCCUUUGCGCAGAGCUGGGGUCUGAGCCGCCUGCAGUGUACUGCACAGCACACUGCCGCUUGCCCAGCACCCCCACGCCGGGCCAGGCCGCAUGACAGCAGUGGGUCUGCAGAAAGCUACUGCACAGAACGCAGUGGCUACCUGGCAGAUGGGCCGGCCAGUGACUCCAGUUCGGGGCCCUGUCAUGGCUCUUCAAGUGACUCAAUGGUCAACUGCACAGACAUCAGCCUGCAAGGCAUCCAUGGCAGCAGUUCUACCUUCCGCAGCUCUCUCAGCAGUGACUUUGACCCCUUGGUAUACUGCAGCCCUGAAGGGGAGCCCCAGGGGGAGGAGACGCAGCCCAGUGUGACCUCGCGACCCCGUUCUUUGGACUCGGUGGUGCCCAGAGGGGAAGCCCAGGUUUCCAGCCAUGUCCACUAUCAUCGCCAUCGGCACCACCACUACAAAAAGCGCUUCCAGUGGCACGGCCGGAAGCCUGGUGCUGAAACUGGGGUCUUCCAGUCCCAGCCUGCUGUUCCUCGGACACAGCCCCAGCCAGAGCCGUCCUCUCCUGAUCAGCAAGCUGCCAGAGCCAACGUAGCAGCCCCUACUGGGCAGCUCCCACAACAGCUCGGGGCCCUCACAGAGCCAGCCCCAGACCUAAAUGAUGCUUCCAGCCCCAGUCCCAGUCCCAGCAGUCUCUUCCACUUGCAGAAAUCUGGCUUCCCUGUCCGACACCCACAGAGGAAACGGCGGGGGGGUCCCUCAGAACCUACCCCAGCCUCUCGGCCCCAGGACUUGACUGCACACCUAACUUGCCAGAUUUCCCCCCAUUAUGACCCCAGCCUGGCAUACCCUUGGUCCCCAGAGGCCCACCCAUUGAUCUUCGGACCUCCGGGCCUAGAAAGGAGGAUGCUACCAGAAACCCCAGGCGCCUGUUACCCAAGUUCACAGCCAGUGUGGUUGUGUCUGACUCCACGCCAGCCCCUGGGACCACACCCACCUGGGGAAGGGCCUUCCAGAUGGAAUUCUGGCACCCCAGAGGUCAGGCCGUGCCCUUACCCACACUGCCAGGUGCUGCCAGCCCAGCCUGGCUCGGAGGAGGAGCUUGAGGAGCUGUGUGAACAGGCCGUGUGAGAUGUUCAGGGAUAAUUACCUCCAACCAAGAGUGUGCUCUGGAUGACUCAGGGCCUACCCGGCACAGACGCCUGCUCCCGAGAGAAGAAAGGAUCUCAGAAAACACCCCUCUUUUCGCCGUCCUUUCUGGAACCGCUGGAAGAGGAGCGGUGAUGGAGGGUGGCAGGAGGUCUUGUUUCCUGCUCCCAGCUCCAGAGCUUGUCUGCAGCACACAGGUGCGGUGCAGCACGCCUGUGUCCGGCAGGGAACCAGCUGCUGCCUGUGUGGGCUGGUUUCCCGGAAGGCUGUGUUUUGAGAGCGGGAAGCUAGGUAUGGGUAGAUAGGUGUUAUAAAGGUGCUGCUCCUUCCCCCAGCCCCAGCAGGUCUCCCUGGUCCCAAGCCUCAUGUUCAUACCAGCCGAUGUGUCCAGCUGAUUUCAUGACCCCUCCUCGCCUCCUUUCCUGGCUGAGUCCUGCACACCAGUUUGGCUCCCGCUUGGCAAGGCUGCUGCAUCAGCACCAACGCUGGCUCUUAUCAUUUUCCUUCUUUGCAAAAGGAUCAAGAGCUGUGGUGACCUCUGAACCCUAAAAGCAGGGCAGGGUGGGAGGACACUGCAGGACCCGCCCCAGUACAUGAGGGAAUGUGUUUUUCCCUUCUUGUCCUUAAUUUUCAGAUACACGAUAUUAAGUCAGAGGGGAGGCUCUGGGAAGCCAGAGUGUGGGGUUCUCUCCCUGAGGUGGAGCUUCUGGCCUUCAAGCUUCCUUGUCACUCCAGCAGCCCCAAUUUCUCCAGGAGGUGGGGCUGGUGGUAGUGGAGGGAAUAACUUCCUUGGAGAUCUCCCACGUCAAAGUCCCAAAGUGGGCGGAAAGAAGAGGGUUUCUGUUGGACUUCAUAGAGGGAAGAUGGAAUAAACGUAGAAAAGGCAGAAAGACAGGUGAACAAGGACAAGGAAUUCUUGUCUGGGAGUCUUCUCUCCGAGUAGGGAUAGGGAACAGGGGAGAACAGAGGACCAGCAGAGUGGGACCCUUGGGUUUAGAUGUUCCCAGAGGCUCACUUCCCAGUAUAAGCCAUACAGGCCAGGGACACAGGUGUGAGUGCGAGAGUAGAUUUGGAGCAGGAAGUCUGGUCUGAGUAGCUGGUACCGAUUGGGCAAGGGCCGAGGGGCCUCCUUGGGGUGACAUUCACCCCAGGGCAGCCUGACCAUUGCUGGCCCCUCAGGCGUGAUCCCAUUUGGAAUGUGAAUGUGGGAGCACAGCGGGCACAGGACCCCCCCUGGGAAUGUUCUUCCCGCAGAGUCAGUGGGGACUGGUACCGAGGCACCCACAUGGUUAUUUAUAUCUGAACCAGACAGAAAGACGCUUGAAUCAGGCACUAUGUUGAGAAAUGUAUUUAUUUGCUAAUAUAUUUAUCCAUAAAUGCAGUCUGGUCUCCUGGUUUUUGUCCUGUUAUGACUGUCACCCAGGGUAACACCCGUGUCUUCCACAUCGACAGAAAUAAAUUGUGAUUUCAGA